AUGGCCAACAAUGAUGAGGAGGCGGUGGGCGAGACCAUCUUUGGGCGGAUGCUCACCGGGCAAGAGCCGAGCAGGUUCAUCUACGAGGACGAGCAGUGCGUCGCCUUUGAUGACAUCAACCCUACCGCACCGGUGCACUUUCUGGUCAUUCCGCGGAAGCCCAUUCGCCAGCUGGCGGACGCCACCGAGGAGGAUCAACUGCUACUGGGGCAUCUGCUGCUGGUGGGCAAUCGGAUCGCUCGUGAGCAGAAGCGAAUGGCCGCAGAUGGGUACCGGGUGGUGAUCAACAGCGGCCACAAUGGCUUCCAGACUAUCUACCACCUGCAUCUGCACUUUAUCGGCGGGCGGCAGCUGGGAUGGCCAUUCGGAUGA